AUGGUCACCACCCGCCGAUCAGCACAAUUCCAGGCGCGUCUGCCAGUUGAGGAUGCGACAGUCAACGGAACACCAGAGUUGAAGGGGAAGCGCAAGUCGGAGUUGGAAAACGCGUCGUCUGCUACAAGCCCAGAGACCCAGGGCAACAAGCGAAGAAAGAGGAGCAGUAUAAAAGCAACCGAAGAAGUAGUGAAGGAGGAUAGAAAAGAAGACAAGAAAGAGGAGACAGCACCUAAGAAACAUUUCCGAUUUGACAGCGAAGAGCCUGAAGUACCGCAGGUCGCGGAGCCUGAGGCCCCGGUCGAUGCGCAGCAGGAGCAGAAUGAUGAGGAGGACAGCAGCGAUGAUGAGGCCCCAGAGACAGUGGACAACUCUGCACAGUUGUCUAAAAUGAAGCUAGAAGCUAGGAAACGGGAGGAGGCGAGAAGAAUAGAGGAGCAAGCAAAGCGAGAAAAGAGGCGGCAAUUGGACGAAACCCGCAAGCAGCAGGCCAAAGCUUCGGCUAAAAGAAAGGAAGCACCUACAUCCCAAACUGCGCCAGGAGCUGGAACUCCUGCAGAUGACAUGUUAUCCGAGAGCUCAGCAACACUGCAAGGAUCACUUACACAAGACGCUCGACGCCCGGCACUCCCCGCUCUCCUUCCCGACGAUAUUCUAAAUGCAGUACCUGACGUCCGGCCACCGACACCUCCACCGGAGACCGAAGUUUUCUCCCAGAAGAAGCCAACCAAGCUCAGAUUCCUUGAGAAGAAGGAGAAGGCCCCGAAGGAUAUGCGAAUGGGCGAUGUCGCUAUCCGUGUGCUGGAUAGUGAGAGCUCGCGAAAGCAGCCAAGCACAGCGCUCGCCCCGAAGGCGUCAAAGACAGGAAAGGGUGCGAGGGAAGCAUGGCUGAAGCAAGCUCGCAGCACUGGGCACGUCAAUGGCAUGAGAAUGGUCAGUAGUGGAAAGAAGGGCUUCGUGCGCAAGUAA